AUGCAGCGUCUUAGUUCAUGGUUUGAACAGCUGCCUUUGCGACGUCGUGGAUCUCGAAGAUCAGAGAAUUGUAGUUCACUAUCACAUCCACACAAAAGGCAAUCCAAAUCAGCAGCACCACGACUUCAUCAUAGUGUCAGUGCCGCACAGAAUCAUAAUCAUCGAGAUCAUUCUGUUGAUGCUCCGUCGCAAUCUCUGGUUAUUAAUGAUCAGCUACAUGUAAUAAUGCCGUCUUCUUGGAACAGGCAAGAAACGGUAAGUCAAUCAUGUCGCGAUGGUUCCAAACUUGCCACAUCCUUCUUACAGUCAUUUUCCGCGUCAACCAGUUCUGGACGAAAAAAUAUACGUACAAAUCCAUGGAUUUCACACAGUCGCCCAUUGAUUCAGACUAUUGCUUAUCAGGAACCAAAAUCCGCUAAUGAACUGAUAUAUGCAUCGAUAGAUCGUACCGCAUCAUUUCGUAUCAAAAAUUUGGAUGAAAGCAUUUACAGUUCCGGUUAUGGCAGUCAAGACAGCAGUCCGGAAUCGUCAGUGCACACGCCGGAUUGGAAACCAUCGAUCAUAACUGGAAAGCGUGGUCGAUUAGAGGAUAAAGCGGUGGAAUGCAAUUUAAUUGAUGUCGAUGAAGCUUUAGAAUUAGAUUUGGAAGAUAAAUCGGAAAUGGAAGAUCUGAAAACAAUCGAUGAUAGGGAACAGCUUCACAAAGAUGAUGAGCAUGUAUAUCAUGAACUAGAGGCCUUCAGUGGAUUGUCAUUACCAUUGGAUAAUCAGAUAUAUUCAUCGGAUUCGGAAAUUGGUGGCUCAUCAGAUGGAUCGCUGCACUCCUCCCGAUGCUUGUCACCGAUUUACACCCAACCAAACCAUGACCAUUAUAGCCCACAUUACUGUCAUUAUCAGUGCGAAAGACGUGAGGAAGACCGAGUAACUGAGUAUCCGAACGUAGCGUCCAGUUUCACCUAUAUCCCUUGUGCUAACUACAGGCCACCACCCGAAUUUCACCCUCCUCCCCCACCACCACCCCCACGAACUCUACCAUCGCUACCACCGCCUCGAAGAACAAACAAUCUGGAAGAAGCUGAACUGGAUUUCCUGACUGAAUUGGACGCGCAGAUUGCUGAAUUACAAUUGAAAAGUGUAGAGGUACGUCAACUUGUGGAAGAGGCCCGUGAGCGCCGCAAUGCACGUGCUCGUAAUGCCCAAUUAUAUCACGAGUUAGCCGAGCUGAAACGAAUGAAAUGGGUGCUACACAAUUAUUUCGAGUUAGUACUCUGA